AUGGCGGAGGGGAAAACUUCGGUUGAGAAGUCUCUAGAAGAUUUCGAUCCCCAUAACAAACCUCCAUCCAACAACUUUGCAUUCGCCUGUGCUAUUUUGGCUUCCAUGACUUCCAUUUUACUUGGUUAUGAUAUUGGUGUAAUGAGUGGAGCAGUGAUAUACAUAAAAAGAGACCUUAAACUAUCUGACGUCCAAAUCGAAAUCCUAGUAGGCAUCAUCAACCUUUUCAGCUUGAUAGGUUCCUGCCUCGCCGGCAGAACCUCCGACUGGAUCGGCCGCCGUUACACCAUGGUCCUCGCCGGUGCCAUUUUCUUCGCAGGUGCAUUACUCAUGGGAUUCUCCCCCAACUUUCCCUUCCUCAUGUUCGCUCGCUUCAUCGCCGGCAUCGGUAUCGGCUACGCCCUCAUGAUCGCCCCUGUCUACACCGCCGAAGUCUCCCCGGCUUCCUCUCGCGGCUUCCUCACCUCUUUCCCCGAGGUAUUCAUCAAUGGAGGAAUAUUACUUGGAUACAUUUCAAAUUAUGGAUUCUCGAAGCUUCCACUUCAAAUAGGAUGGAGAGUGAUGCUCGGAAUCGGAGCCAUUCCUUCUGUAAUCUUAGCCGUUGGAGUGUUAGCCAUGCCUGAGUCACCUCGCUGGCUCGUUAUGAAGGGAAGACUCAGUGAUGCUAUAAAAGUUCUCAACAAAACCUCUAGUUCCGAACAAGAGGCUCGGCUUAGGCUCGUUGAAAUCAAAGCCGCGGCUGGGAUUCCUGAGAAUCAAAACGACGGCGUAGUUUCAGUGAAUAAAAGAGAAGGUAAUACUGUGUGGAAAGAGUUGUUUCUUUAUCCUACACCCGCAGUGCGUCACAUAGUUAUUGCUGCUCUUGGGAUUCAUUUCUUUCAACAAGCUUCAGGUAUAGACGCCGUCGUUUUGUACAGUCCUACGAUUUUCCGUAAAGCUGGGCUUGAAUCUGAUACGGAGCAGUUACUUGCAACCGUAGCCGUUGGAUUGGCCAAAACGGUUUUUAUUUUAGUAGCUACUUUUUUGUUGGAUCGGGUCGGGCGUCGACCCUUAUUAUUGUCGAGUGUUGGUGGAAUGGUGAUUUCGCUGCUAACUCUUGCGGUGAGUCUCACGGUAGUUGAUCAUUCGCACGUGAGAAAGAUGUGGGCCGUUGGAUUGAGUAUUGCAUCUGUUUUAUCCUACGUGGCAACGUUUUCGAUUGGUGCGGGUCCCAUUACUUGGGUUUAUAGCUCUGAGAUUUUUCCGUUGAGGCUACGCGCUCAAGGUGCGUCUGCGGGUGUGGUGGUGAAUAGAGUGACUAGUGGGGUAAUUUCAAUGACGUUUUUGUCCUUGUCUAAUAAGAUAAGUAUUGGAGGGGCUUUCUUUCUAUUUGGAGGAAUUGCAGCCUGUGGAUGGAUUUUUUUCUAUGCAUUGCUCCCUGAAACACAGGGUAAGACUCUUGAGGAAAUGGAAGGGUCUUUUGGUAAAUUUGGUGUGAAGUCAAAUACAAAAGCCUAUAACCAUGAUAAUGGAGAGAUCCAAUUUGCCAAUUAG